AUGAAGUUGAAUCUGCAUAAUCUCAACCAUUGCGAUUCAUUAACGUCUGUUCAUUCAGCCAUCCAAAGCCAACAUCAGGGCGAAACUGAAGCAUCACCUAAGGACAACAAGAAAAAUUAUUUAAAACUCAAAAUCUCUACAAAAAGUUAUUUGAACUUGAGAAAUUCACUUGUCAAAGUGGGCUUGAUAGGAAGGGAAUCAAGACGUGUUGGGCAUGUUUUAGAAACAAACAGCUCUAUUGAUAUUUUCAGGCCUGAUGGCAUGACGUCAUGGUGA